AUGAAUCCGUUGAACCUAGCCAGCACAAGCUCACCACCUCCUGUUGCUAAUGAUCUCUUGGCGAAGCGAAAGAGAGGUCGUCCACGCAAAGAUGAACAAGAAAAUGCUUGUGUGACUCCAAAUCUUGACGUUGAUCUGGUUGGCAAGACUGUUUCUAGUGUGGUCGCAGGAUCUUUCGAUGCAGGAUACAUUCUCAACUUCAAGGUUGACGACAGUGACACUAAACUGAGAGGUAUCGUGUUCGCACGGGGGAAAGUUAUGCCGGUGACUCCAUCUAACGACGUAGCUCCUAAUGUUAAAAUGUUCACAAAAGAAGAAACCAAGAACCAAAGUGAUGAUGAUCAGUCUCUACCUCCUAGUGAUGAAACAAUGAAAGAUGUUUUCACUGACUUGGAGAUUUCUGAACCUGCUCGAGCUUUGUCUUUAAUGUCCAAGGAGAGCAAUGGCGAAGCUGCGACUCGUCUGGUGGUUUUUCCAGCUCCAGAGACGAAGACGAUUGUGACUGGUCAAGAGAACCUUAUCUUGGCACAGAAAGAGCAAGAGAAAUCACCUGGUGUGGGUUGUGGGUUCGAUCUUAUGGCGGAGGAAUCGGUUUGUAUAGGAGAGAAAGUGCCGCAGGGGCUUCAGCUACAGCUUGGGAACAAGAGUAUAUUGAGCGGAGACAACAACAACAAGAACAACAAUGGCACCGAAAUGGAGACAGAUCCUAAAAGCUCUGUGUCCAAGACUGGACUGAUAGCGAAGUUGUUUGAGGGAGAACACAAGAAGGUGGACUGUGCCAUGGAAGAAGAAGCAUCUCCAUCAAUUCAGUAGUUAAGAGUUAAUACUCGCCAAUAUAUUUAUGUUUCAGUUCUUUGUUUAAGAGCAUGAUUAAAAGCAUGAUUAAUGGAGGGAUAUUAAGGUGGGAUUUUUAGCGAAAUAUAAGAAUCUGUUUCUUAAUUUUUAACUAAAAAUUGGUAACCAAGGGAAUGAAGAGGAACACUGCAUUCCUUAAUGUUCCUCAAAAAUGUUACCAUUCGUGAGGAAUAUUUUUUCUUCUUCAUUCCUUCUCAUUCCCUUUUUUGUAGAGAAUUAUAAUGCAAAUUUGUUCAUUGUUAAUUUUGAUAAGGAACCCUCGUUCCUCAUCGUUCCCAAAAUUUUAUUCCUAUUAAUUAUUUUCCUAAUCAUUUUUAAUGUUCUUUGAUGGUUACUAGUCACACCCUUAGAAUCGGCUCUUAAAUAUCUUAUUUAAGACAUAAUAUAAAAACAUAAAUAUUACAAAAUUUUGUAACUAAGAAAUCAAAUAUAAAUUCUUGCUUGAUGCUAUGCAUGAGUUAAAAAGUUAAAGAAACACAAUGUUUUUAAAACUGACUAGUUAUGAGUCUCAAAUUUUUUUUUGCCGAGGGGAAUCCAGUUAUGUUAAGCCGGCUCUGUCUCUAAGUAGAUUAUUUUGUGAAUUAGUGGCUUGGAUUAGUACUUGGAAGUUGGAACAAUGGAUGGAAUGAGUAUAAUGUUACAUAUUGACUUGAUAAAAAUCUUCCAACAUAUCACAAUCUGACUUAUUGGUUCAGCUACUGAAUUUAGAUGACCAUUUUUUUUAUAAAAAAAAUGCUUUGUAACUUAUUAAAUGAUCAGUUAUGAACCACAACUUCGUUAUAAAGUCUACAUAACCGUAUUUU